AGCUGCUUUGGCUCAGGCCUUCAGGUCUCGCCAGGUGCCACGUGCCUUUUUUGCGACGCGCCCGCCGCUGCCGCCCCGCAUGCUUUGCCCGAUCAUUGCCAGGCGAGCUCUGGCCGACAGCAUCAGAAAAACACGCGUACGUUAGCUGCUGGCAUCAGACUCAAAGCUCGUCAUAUCCAGUAUGAUAGCAUUCAGAGAAGAAACAACUACACAGGCAUAAACUUUCGAAUUUCUGGGCAGAUUUCUUGGAUCUGUGCUCAACCCCUUGGCGGCGCUUCGAGCGCCGCCCCUGGCGCGCUCCGCGCGCCAGGGAGGGGAGUCCAGCGCCGAUCCAAGAAAUCUGCGCGGACCUUCGAAAUCAUAUGUUUUUGUAGUGCUUUCUCAUUCUAUGCAUGUCUCCCCCCCUGCGCGACGUUUUGUCAGUGCGGCCGUGGACUUCUCUUGGGGAGCAGCUCUCCAAGUGUUACCAGGUUCCAGACCCGGCGGCAGGGCCUACAAACGCGCACGCUAAUUUGCGUUUGUUUGAAGCUGGAGGCGUUCCUGAAGUCACCCUUUUUCGCGACAACCACGGGUGGUGUCCCUACUGUCAGAAGGUGUGGUUGUUUCUGGAGGAGAAAAAAGUGAACUACGACGUGAGAAAAGUUACCAUGUUUUGCUACGGGAAGAAGGAGGCCUGGUACAAGAAGAUCGUUCCAUCGGGCAUGCUUCCCGCCCUUCAGGUCAAGCAGACGGGCGAAGUGGUCACAGAGUCCGACGCGAUCUUGGCUCGGCUGGAGCAGCUUUUCGGCCCGCUCGGGCCCGUCCCACUGAGCCAUGCCGAGGUAGAGCUCAACCGCAGGCUGGAGCGGAAACUUUUCAGUGCUUGGUGCAGUUGGCUUUGUCGACCCUCCUGGACGGCCGAAGAGGAGGCUGGAGCCAAGGAGGACUUCUGUUCCGUGUGCAGGGAAGUGGAAAGACGAAUCGGAGAAUCGUUGGGCCCGUUUCUGCUAAGUGAAUUCGGCGUGUCGGACACCAUUCUGUGCCCUUACAUCGAACGCAUGCAGAGCUCUCUCUUUUAUUACAAAGGCUUUAACAUGAGAGAGACCUUUCCAGUCAUCAGCGCCUGGUUCUCAGCAAUGGAGCAAAGGUCGACGUACCAGGGUACCAAAUCGGACCACCACACGCACGUGCACGACCUCCCACCGCAGAUGGGGGGUUGCUAUCAUGACGCGAACUGUUUAAAGGCUUCGCCCUCGUUGGUUGAGGUCGUGAAGGGGGCGAUGGAUAGCGUGGACGCUCCGAGUUUAAAUUCUGAUUCCUCUUCUCUCGAGGUGGACGCAUCGGCGUUUCCUGAGCCGGCGACGAGCAGACUGGAGGCAGCUUAUCGGGUGAUGCGCCACCGUCAGGUGUUAGCGCAGAUCUCCCCGGUUCACUCUUCCAGCCCAGACGCAUUCGAUGUGGGUGUGCGAGCAGUUCUGACGAGGUUGCUGGCAGAUUGUUCAUAUCGGCACUUCCCGGAUGUCGCUUCGGUCGAAAGGACAGGUACAAUGGAUCAGCUUCCCCCCGGCGGCGCUUUGGCUCUGCUGUACAUGCGGGACCGCCUGAGUAUACCGAGAGACAUGGGCUUCUGGGCGGGAAGACGGUUGAGACAAACUCUCUCCGACGUCGCCUCGGACUACGGGAGUGCGCAGGACUGGGAGAUUUAUCGGGGCGAUCCGCGGUGGAGAAUUCCGAGGGAGCAUCGCAGGGACGCAGACCCGACGCCGUUCAGGGCAGCUGUGAAGGCGUGAGUGUGAGAUGUGAAGGCUUGCGCUUAGGCGUCUUGGCACGCCCUUCCCGCUGAUUGUGCGCACUUCGCAUCCUAGAAGCCGAAGCUGUGGGUGUGACUUUCGGCUAAAUGUGCAUGCCACGAUGGUUACCUGAUUGCUUAUCGUCACCGUGUUCGCGAUUCGUCCACGGCCCUGGAUUGCCAGGUCGCUGGAGAUCGACUAUGUCCUCACACGCACCUGAUCGCUGCACAAAUGUUGAACGCCCGCUUGGCACUUCUUAAAUGGUAAAGGCAUUCAUAGUGACUUAACAAUUGGAGAGAGAUCCAGCUGCGUGCGGCAAUUCCCGCCACCGAGCCAGCCCAGCCUUCUUGGUGUCAGCUGCUGGAACCAGGUCGGCGGAUGUUUUACUGGGAUCGGUGGUCUGCCGAGUCGGAAAAGUUUGUGGCAGGGAUCUUCCACAGUUUCUUCCAAGGUCUCCCUUGACCCGUAUCCAUAGUGACCUGAAUGAAGACCUUGGAUAAUGCACGUGAGUGCUGUGCUCUAGUUUGCGUUCCAGGCUCUAGUCGCUUCUGCUUCCAGCACGUACCUGUGUCGGUACGCAUGCAGUUCGAGCACCCCAGGCGACACACAUGCCGCUGCCCAUAAUCUGUUUGAUGGUCUUUCCGUUCCUGAGCGUUACUCAUUAUGAGAUCAUGUGUCUGCCACGCCGAGCCGUUAAUAAUAUUGGCUUACGCUGCCAGCCCCUACGCUAGGUGAUCUCCACUGUCCCCGCGUUGUGUGGAGAUGCGGCCGCCUCUUCUGGACCGCC